AUGGGGAAGAAGGCGGAGCAAAAGAAGAAGGAGAAGAUCCUGGAGGACAAGACCUUCGGGCUCAAGAACAAGAACCGCAGCUCGAAGGUGCAGUCCUACAUCCAGUCCGUCUCCAAGAGCGUGAACCAGGGAAACCCAAAUGAGCGCAAGCGCACGGAAGAGCUGGAGGCAAAGCGGAAGGCCCGGGAGGAGAAGCGGGCCUUUGAGGCGGAGAUGGCGAAACUCUUCAAUGACGUAGGGAAGCCGAGCAAACCCGCCACACAGAACCCGCAUGAGGAGGGCGGCGCGAGUGACACGGAGGACGCCGACAAGAACUUUGGCUGCGCCCCGGAGGACUACCUCUUCCGCCCCGAGGACUUUGACGAGGUGCAGCACGACGAACGCCGGUUAGAGGAGAGGCUCGAGGCGGAGCGGGAGGCGCUGCAGGGCCGCACCGACCUCACGCCCGUGACGGAGGAGAGUUUUCAGGCCUGGAAGGCGGCGAAGCGGGUGGAGGCGGCCGAGGUGGAGGCGGCGCGGGUGCGCAAGGCGAAGACGGGCGAGGGCAAACUGCGCGGCUGGGACCUGUGGCAGAUGGACAAGGACCUCUUCGUCGACGACGACGACGCGGACGAGCAGUACGAGCGCGAGGAGAGCGUGGACGGCAGCGAAGACGCGGCGUACGACCUCUCGUGA